AUGGAAUCGCUUGAAAACUCAAUAGUCUCUAUGAUGAGCCAAAUGUCAACAGAUGAUCACGAAUCUUUGAUACGAAAAUUCAUUGCAAUUGUAUAUCCACAAAUUGUACCACAAGAUCUUGCUGCAUUUUAUAUGGAUUUGGCAAACUGGAAUUUGGAUCUGGCACUCAAUGUUUUUUAUGAUCAAAACGGUGAUUUGAGAAAUAUGGAAGAAGCUUUUCGCAUGUCUUCAUUGACUUCACAAUUCUUACAAUGCUCGGAUUCUUCAGCAGUUAAUGGGGUAAUUUUUUUAAUUUGUGUUUCGACAACAAUUUGAAGAUGAUUUUUGGCCGUUUAUUAGUUAAAUCCUGCUUAAUUCUCGAAUCAAACAAAUCUAAAAAUAUUUUAAAAAUGAACAAUCACGAGGAUUCUUGAAAUUUAUUCAAAAAUAGAAAACAUUUUCAAGAGAAGGAGAAAAACCCGAAACAUGAAUUGAAAACUUUUUAUUUCUUCACGAAAUUAAAAUGCUCAAAAUGUAUUUUUUUUUUAAGUUUCAGUUACUUUCUGAAAUUCUAGAUAUCCAUUUUCUAGAGGAAUUUCUGAAGUUUUAGGUAACCAAUUAAAAUAUAGUUUUGGCUCUCACUGCUUCAAAUUUUGAGUUAUUUUUAUUAAACAUGUUACCUUCUUCGAACAGAAAUCACGAAAAUGUUUAACACUUGGUAAUGAAAACGUUUUUAUUUCAGGAUCGUGCUAUUUGUCCAGGAGAAAUUUUCGAAGUCGAUUUCCAAGCUUUGAAUGACGGAAGAUUCCGAUUCCCCGAUGGAACUCGUUUGGUUUUAAUUGAUGGAGAUUUGAUUGAUUAUGAGAUACGUUUGGACACGGUUCUUGGUCCAAAUGAAGAAGGGCCUGUCAAUUUGAGAAUUCACACUCCAAAUGUUGAAGGAACUUAUCGAUCACGUUUCCAGUUUGUAACUCCACAAAAUGUAUUUUUUGGAGGUAAGUCAAUUUUUUCAAAGCUUAUUUUUAAAUCAUCCUCAUUUUCUGUUAAAUGAACUAAAAGUGCAAGUGAUUUCUGAUUAUAAAUAUUGUUCUAUUUUCAGAUUCGUUGUGGAUUAUUUUGCGCGUGGCAUCACAAGCUGAGGAACUUCCCGAUGUUGCUCAACAUAAUAAUUCUCCUCAACCACAAGAAGAUGAUUUGAUGGAAUAG